AUGGGUUCUUCAGGAGGAACUAUUAAGAUGAGUGUGUUUGGCGCCAUAAUGGCGCUUCUUCAGUUCGUCAACCCUGCUGUUGCUAGUGAAGAUUACUACACUGGCAACGAGACGGAUAGGCUGGCGUUGCUGGAGUUCAAGGUCGCCAUCUCGAGCGACCCUUUCGGUUCGUUCAGCUCGUGGAACGACUCCUCCGCCCACUUCUGCAAGUGGCAGGGCGUGACAUGUUCCACGAGACAUCGCGGAGACAGGGUCGCGGUUCUGGACCUGCGUUCCCUGAAGCUGUCAGGCUCCAUCUCGCCUCACGUCGGGAACCUCAGCUUCCUGACGAAGCUUCUCCUCAACGACAACGGAUUCACCGGCUUAAUCCCUCCCGAGAUCGGCAGCCUUGGCAGGCUGCAACAUUUGUACCUUUCCAACAACUCGCUCACGGGGGGAGUUCCUGAAGCUCUAGGCCGCGGAUUGAAGAACCUUCAGGUUCUGGAUCUGUAUCUCAACGACUUGUCUGGCGAAAUCCCGGCUCCCAUUUUCAAUCUGUCUCUCCUCAGGUGCCUGUCCUUCAGUUGGAACCAUUUCCACGGCGCUCUUCCUUGGAACCUCGGGAUAUUGCUUCCGAAACUUCAGAACUUCGCUGUGUAUGCCAACGAGUUUACUGGAAGCGUUCCGGCUUCCUUAUCGAAUGCCUCCAACUUGGUUGCACUUCAACUGGGUUACAACCGCUUCACUGGGAGGGUGCCUAGCAUGGCGAGUUCUCGCAACCUUCGUUACCUUAUGAUCGAUCAUAACUCGCUUGGAAGUGGAGAUGAUGAUGAUGAUGAUGAUCUGGGCUUCCUCUCUUCUCUGACGAUUGCUUCACGUUUGGAUAUUCUGGACAUGAGCCACAACAACUUUGGAGGCACUUUUCCUGAGCAGGUUGCGAACCUGUCCACCAGGCUGAGAACUCUGGACAUGGGAAGUAACAGGAUCUCAGGAAAAAUUCCGAGUGGGAUGCGAAACCUCAUCCGCCUGCAGCUAUUCGAUGCAUCGAGCAACAAUCUGUCAGGUAAGAUCCCAUGGAGCAUUGGCAACUUGCAGAGUCUAGAGAGUUUGGAUUUGAGUUAUAAUAAAAUCUCAGGUUCUGUUCCGUUAUCGAUUGGGAACCUGAGCAGAUUGGUUCUGUUCAGUUUGGGUGGUAACAGGCACCUGGAUGGGGAGAUUCCUGUCUCUAUUGGGAACUGUUCGAAACUGAUCUUCUUGGAUCUGUCCGACAACAAUCUCCGUGGCAUCAUUCCCCUAGAAGUCAUGAGCCUUACUUCGUUGUCGCGAGUGUUGAAUCUGUCUCGAAAUGGACUCACCGGUGUAAUACCUGCAGAGGUGAGGAACCUGAAGAACUUGGGUUCCUUGGAUCUGUCUCAUAAUUUGUUGUCAGGAGAGAUCCCACAUAGUAUGGGAAGUUGUCUUGGGAUAGAGGUUGUGAACCUGCGAGAGAAUCUCCUCCAGGGAUCGAUUCCCGAUUGUUUGGGAGUGUUGAGAGGGAUUCAACGAUUUGAUGUCUCAGUUAAUAACUUAACUGGUGAGAUUCCUGACGUUUUUCAGGACAUGAAAUUUCUGCAGUUGCUGAAUAUUUCGUACAACGAUUUAGAAGGUGAAGUGCCGCGAAGAGGAGUCUUGAAGAAUGGCAGCAUCAUAUUGGUUGCAGGAAAUAGCAGGCUCUGUGGCGGUGUGCCUGAACUUGAACUCCCGCCUUGUAACUUCAAAGGGCUAAAGAAGGCAAUAUUGAGCAAGAAGUGGAAGAUUGUUAUUGCAUCAACAAUCUCCAGUAUGCUCUUUUUAACUUUGAUUGUUAUUUUUUGGAUUAGAAAAAGAGGAAAACAAGGUUCAGUUGCUGAUGAUGAUUCAAAACUGCAGCUCUCUUACCAAAGACUCCUGAAAGCUACAAAUGGUUUCUCAACAACAAAUUUGCUUGGCACGGGAAGUUAUGGUUCUGUGUACAGAGGAGUUCUCACUGAGAAUGGGACUACGAUUGCUGUCAAGGUAUUCAACCUCGAUCACCGUGGUGCUUUUAAGAGUUUCUUGGCUGAAUGUGAAGCCUUGAAGAACAUCAGACAUAGAAAUCUGGUGAAGAUAUUGACGGUGUGUUCAGGGGUUGAUCGUCAGGGGAAUGACUUCAAGGCUCUCGUCUAUGAGUUGCUUGCUAAUGGAAGUUUGGAAGAAUGGUUGCAUCCGGUGGAAAGGGCUGACGAGCCUCCGAAGAGCUUGAGCUUGAGCUUUCGCCAACGAAUGAAUGUCGCCAUUAACGUAGCUUCUGCACUAGAUUAUCUCCAUCACCAAUGUGAGACGCCCAUUGUUCAUUGUGAUCUCAAACCCAACAACAUUCUUCUUGAUGAGGAUAAGGUAGGUCAUGUCGGCGAUUUUGGAUUGGCGAGGUUUCUUCGAUCAUCAGACGACAAUCCUUGUACCACAAGUCUAACAUCAAGCACAAUUGGCAUAAAGGGAACAAUUGGCUAUGCUCCUCCAGAAUACGGUAUGGGAAAUGAAGUCUCGACGCAAGGUGAUGUGUACAGUUUUGGGAUCCUCCUACUUGAGAUGCUAACUGGAAGGAGGCCUACGAAUGAAAUUUUCGAAGAAGGUUUAAACCUUCGAACCUUCGUUCAAAGUGCUCUAUCUCAGAUACCGUUCCCGACAGAGGCUCUGGAUCCCAUUCUACUCAAUGAACUACGUCUUCGCCAGAUAUCGAAGGAGAUUGUGAUCGCGGUUCUCAAAAUAAGCGUUGCUUGCGCUUCGGAAAGCCCGCAAGAGAGACCAAGUAUAAGUCAAGUUUUGGCAAGGCUAAAGAAUCCACAUUUCCCCAACCACAUUUGA